GCCUGGAAGAAACUACAGUUCCGCCCGGCAGUGUUAGCCGCCCUGUCUAAGACGCUGCGGCGAGUGCUUUCUUUUGGCACGCCUCGUUUGCUUGUCCCGAUGUCUUUGCCAUGCUCGGCGGUGAAAUUCCGCAGGAUCCUCGCUCAUUUUCCCCAAGAGCUCAGCCUGGCCUUUGCUUAUGGGUCUGGGGUCUUCCAGCAAGCAGGGGCCUCUGCUGGGGAGAGCAGCAACAAUAUGUUGGACUUUAUAUUUGCUGUGGAUGAUUCUGUAACGUGGCAUAUGAUGAAUCUGAUAAAGAAUCGGAAUCAUUAUUCCUUCCUAAAAUAUUUUGGGCCUAAGCCAAUCAGUAACAUCCAGAACUACGGAGCAGGAAUUUACUACAAUACACUAGUGCCUUGUAAUGGCAGAGUUAUAAAAUAUGGUGUCAUUAGUACUGAUGUUCUGAUUGAAGAUUUGCUUCGCUGGAAGACUCUCUAUGUAGCUGGGCGUCUGCAAAAGCCGGUGAAAAUUCUUGCCCAGAAUGAGAAUGGUAAGCUGCAAGCCGCCCUCACUAGCAACUUGAAGAGUGCAGUCACAGCAGCCUUUCUUAUGCUGCCUGAAAGCUUCUCUGAAGAAGACCUUUAUAUGCAGAUUGCCGGCCUCUCUUAUUCUGGUGAUUUCAGAAUGAUAAUCGGAGAAGACAAGUCGAAGGUGAUGAACAUUGUGCAGCCAAAUAUGGUACAUUUUCAGAAGCUCUAUGGUAACAUCUUGCAGGAUUGCCCACAAGUGGUAUACAAACAUCAGCUAGGUAAACUAGAGAUAGACAAGAGUCCAGAAGGUCAAUUUGCACAACUGAUGGCUCUGCCAAGGACUUUGCAACAACAAAUAACAUCUCGCAUGGAUCCACCAGGGAAGAACAGAGAUGUGGAAGAGAUAUUAUUGCAAGUUGCCCAUGACCCUGAUUGCGGACUAGUGGUACACCAGGGCAUUUCAGGAAUUGUGAGAUCAUCUAGUCUAAUUCAAAGUGCUAAAACCACCUUAACAGCUGGGAUGAAAAAAUCUGCCACUUACACCAUGAAGAAAUUGUACAAAAUGUCAAAAGGAUGGCUAAGGAAGACAUGACAUUUGUGGGCUUGGACAAUUGACAAAUCAAUUGAUCUUACCUGUGGCUAAAGGUCCUCCUCCUCCAUGGGGAAUGCAGAAAGUUUUGUGAAGAUUUAAAUGUGAAACAUCUGACCCAUAGUCUCCAGGACGACACAGGCCAACCUGUCAGAAAACGGACACCAGAAAGUGUCAAAUACAAAAGCCUGCCUUUCUUAGGAACAAUUCAAGCUGGCUUACAAUCAAACCAACACAGUGCAGUCAAAUAAAUAAAUAAAAAGAACCACCAAUUAAAAAAACUAUGCUCACAAGAGAAAGGCACCCAGAAGAUGAAAACUAUACAGAUUCGCAAGAGCUGCAAGAAGGCCCAUCAAACCAACAAGGUAUUCUCCUCUCCCUGCACUUCCCCUGAAGAAAGGCUGCCAAAGAGAGUGCCAGUCACAUCAACACACCUUCCGGGAGAAGGGAGCCCCCUAAGGCCGAGGCCAUCACUGAGAUGGUGGCAUAUAAAAAGCAUUCCGUUC